AUGGUGUUUGGCAGACGUCGACGCAGCAGUGCUGCUAGUACAAGUAGCAGUAGUAACACCAGGAGUCCAUCAUCGAGCACCACAAGUAGUAGUAGUUCGGCGGAUCUGAGACGGAGUUCGUUUGGCAUUGCGAGCCCCGUUGCGAACUGGAGAGCUCGAAAGCAUCAAGCUGUGACGUACCGACCAGCCGUUUGGUUCACCCCUUCCAAAAUGGACGACUAUGUCAUGAUGGUACCGGGAAGACAGGUGCAGAAUGUGCAACCGAGAAAGGGAGAUUCAUUGAAUGGAUGGAAGGGAGUCACCUUGCUUGGAGACUCGGGAAGGGUCGAGUACGAGCCAAACUAA